AAAACACAAAAAACUUUAGCUCGAGAGAGAACGAAUAAGAUAAGAUCGCGAGAAUGAGUAGAGGGUGGGUAAUUUUCAUGUUCCUGAUUGCUGCAAUUGUACUUUGCAGUCAUCAUACAGUGGCGGUAGAAAAUACCGCCAUCUAUUCGCAGGCACGCACUACCUUGCCUAAUUGCAGUAACAGCGAUAAAUCGAAAAUAAAUAAGUGUAUGACAAAUACAACCUCUAUAGAUAAAUGUUGUCCAUUAUUUAAGAGGACAAUUGGUACUAACUGUAAGUGUUACCGUUAUGCCAAGGAUUUGGAUAAUCAAGCUUUAAUUACUCUUCAGGCUUAUUGUGAUGUCAAUAAUCCAUGUAAGCGUGUCCAAAGAGUGGUAGCAGAGGCCGUUGCCACCAUUUCUGCCACCCCCCGCCCGCUCCCUCGGCUACAGCCAAAAUGCAGUGCUACUGAUGAAGCAAAGGUUAAAAAAUGCAUGACAAACACAACCUCCAUGGAUGCAUGUUGCCCAACAUUCAGAAGCAUAUUGGGCAGGAGUUGCCCUUGCUUUGCUUAUGCCAUGCUAUUAGAUAAUCUGGCUUUGAUUACUAUUCAGGCUUAUUGUGAUGUUAGUAAUCCUUGUAAGCAAGUCCAAGUGAUAUGAUCGAGCUAGCAAAGAUGGAGAUGGAAGAAAAUAACAAUAAUGAAACUCAUUUCAAGAGAGAAGAAAUGUUGUAUUGUUAUAUCAAUAAGACUUUUAGCAAUAACUUGUCGUUAUUUUGAUA